AUGUUCGUCUCCAAAUGCUUCGUCGUCUCUUUCGGAUUGUUCUUUGGCCUUGUCGCCGCGGCCCCUAUCGAGCUUCCGAGCGAACAGCUAGUCAAACGUGGGCCAACGAACGCCGUCAAACCCAACCACAUGGCGCAAGCAGUCAAAGUCGCGAACAAGAUCCGCACCAAUCUGAAGACCGAUCCUGACAAGGCUGUCUUCUGGAGCGGCACAAGACAGGGCAAGAAGGGCCCCGUCUCCGUCAAGGACGACGCGGCGCGCUUUGCGAAACAGGAAGGCAAAGAGACGAUCAACAUGGCCUUGAAGAAGAGCAAUAUCAAGAUCCCCACUGAGCAGCAGAACCCGCACUCGACGCGCCUGUGGGACUUUGCCUCGAAGGUGUGGGCGAAGGAAGCGGAGGGCGAGACGCACGCUGUCCUCGGUGGGACCGUCCGCCCGGCCAGCGUCUACAACAAGAUUGAGAAGCCCGAGCUCUUGAAGAACGACAAGGUCACAAAGCUCACAGAGCACAACGUGGAUACCAAGGGCAAGACUGUUGUGAAGGGUGGCAAGUAA